AUGCAGUUAGCCAUAAACAACGAACAAAUACUCGUAGCUUAUGUUGAUAUAAUAUCUAUCUAUCUAUCUAUCUAUCUAUCUAUCUAUCUAUCUAUCUCACAUUAUUCAGAUCUGCUCAUAUUUUCCCGUGUUCGUUCACUCUCUUGUACUUUCUCCGCAGACAUAUUUCCUCGCUUUAAUUCAAUCUAUUAUCCUUUCUCCUCAGUUAAAUUCCAUCGCUUUCCUGCAGACUAUAUUUUUCUACCCGCAGUUACAUUGCCUCGCUUUCAUUCACUCUGUUGUCCUUUCUCAUCAGUCGUAUUUUUUAUUGAAUUCUUUUAUUCCAUAGUCCUUGCGAAUCGGACCCAUUUCAUCGCUUUCUUUCACACGAUAUUCCUAUAUCCGCAGUUAUUAUGUCGUUAUCCUUUAUUCUAUUGUCCUUUUAACCUUAUUCCCAUUUUCCGGCAUUCUUUUCCUCUAUUAUCGUCUCUCCCCAAUAACAUAUUCUCGCUUUCUUUCAAUCCAUUGUAUUCAUCACGUUUACCCGCUUUUCUUCACAUUGUUCUUUCACAUAUUUUAGCUUUCCUUGACUCUAUUGUCCUUUCCCCGCAGUCACGUUUUCCCGCUUUUCUUCACAUUGUUCUUUCUCCUCUUUCACAUAUUUUAGCUUUCCUUGACUCUAUUGUCCUUUCCCCGCAGUCACUCGCAUAUAUUCCCUUUUUUUUUCACAUUGUUGUUUCUUGUCUUUCACAUAUUUUAGCUUUCCUUGACUCUAUUGUCCUUUCCACGCAGUCACGUUUACCCGCUUUUCUUCACAUUGUUCUUUCUCCUCUUUCACAUAUUUUAGAAAUCCUUGACUUAUUGAAAAUUUCCCCUUUCCUUUCACGUUUUUAUUUCUUCCAUUUCUUCUUCAUUUAUCUUUUCCAUUGUUCUUUCUUCACAUUCUUUUUCUUUAUAUUAGCUUUCCUUGACUCUAAUGUCCUUUCCCCGCAGUCACAUUUUCCUGCUUUUCUUCACAUUGUUCUUUCUCCUCUUUCACAUAUUUUGAUAUUUCCUUUUCCCCACUUUAUUGUACAUUGUUUUCUCCUCUUUCAGUCUUUCCUUGACUUUUGUCCUUUUUUUAUUCACACUAAUUUUAUGAAUUCUUUCCCCACCCAGUCACUUGUUGAAAAUUUUCGCUGCCUUUCUCAUUUUCCUGAUCCGUUAGUUAUGUGCCAUAAUACACGCUUUUCCUUGCUUUUUGUCCUUUUCUUCCCACCAAUCAAUAACCGCUUUUCUUCAUUGGCAGUUGUUAUUGUCAACCUAGCUGUAGUCGACGAUGUGUCUGCACUUUUUGCCUCAGCUGUAGUCGGCGUUUUGGUUGAAUUUGUCGCCUUUGUAGACGCCACUGCUCCCCCAAUAGUCGUUGACGUCGACAGAGUCGUUGCUGUUACAAUUGCCGUCCUAGUUGUACUUGGCGUUGGGAUUGAUGUCGUCAUUUUAGUAGUCAGCGCUCCUGCAGCUGCUGUCGAGGUCGGCAAUGUUGUUGACGAUGUCACCUUUGUCGUAGUGGCCAUUGGGGUUGAGGUUGUCGCCGUUGUACUUGUCACCGCUCCCCCAGCUGCUGUCGACGUGAGCAAUGUUGUUGACGGUGUUGCUCUUGUCGUAGUGGAUGUUGGAGAUGUGGUUGUCGCCGUUGUAGUUGUCACCGCUCCCCCAGCUGUUGUCGACGUCAGCAAUGUUGUUGACGGUGUUGCUCUUGUCGUAGAGGAUGUUGAGGUUGAGGUUGUCGCCGUUGUAGUUGACACCGCUCCCCCAGCUGUUGUCGACGUAAGCAAUGUUGUUGACGGUGUUGCUCUUGUCGUAGUGGAUGUUGGGGUUGAAGUUGUCGCCGUUGUAGUCGUCACCGCUCCCCCAGCUGUUGUCGAUGUCAGCAAUGUUGUUGACGGUGACGCUCUUGUCGAAGUGGAUGUUGGGGUUGUGGUUGUCGCUGUUGUAGUUGACACCGCACCCCCAGCUGCUGUCGACGUCAACAAUGUUAUUGACGGUGUUGCUCUUGUCGUAGUGGAUGUUGGAGUUGUGGUUGUCGCCGUUGUAGUCGUCACCGCUCCCCCAGCUGUUGUCGAUGUCAGCAAUGUUGUUGAUGGUGACGCUCUUGUCGUAGUGGAUGUUGGGGUUGUGGUUGUCGCUGUUGUAGUUGUCACCGCUCCCCCAGCUGUUGUCGACGUAAGCAAUGUUGUUGACGGUGUUGCUCUUGUCGUAGUGGAUGUUGGGGUUGAAGUUGUCGCCGUUGUAGUCGUCACCGCUCCCCCAGCUGUUGUCGAUGUCAGCAAUGUUGUUGACGGUGACGCUCUUGUCGUAGUGGAUGUUGGGGUUGUGGUUGUCGCCGUUGUAGUUGUCACCGCUCCCCCAGCUGUUGUCGACGUCAGCAAUGUUGUUGACGGUGUUGCACUUGUCGUAGUGGAUGUUGGGGUUGAGGUUGUCGCCGUUGUACUUGAGAUCGCACCCCCAGCUGUUGUCGACGUCAGCAAUGUUGUUGACGGUGUCGCUCUUGUCGUAAUGGCCGUUGGAGUUGAGACUGGUGUAGUAGUUACCGCUCCACCAGCUGUUGCUGAGGUCGGUAAUGUUGUUGAAGAUGUUGCCUCUGUUGUACUGAUUAUAGUCGUCACAGCUCCCCCAGCUGUUGUCAAGAUUGAUGUUGUAACCGCUUCCCCAGCUGUUGUUGACUUCGGCUCUGUGGUCGUAGUUAUAGGCGGCAUAGAUGUUGGCUGUGUCGCCAUUGUAGUUGUCUCCGCUCCCCCAUUUGUAGACGACGCAGGAAAUGUGUUCGCCGCUGUUGACUCAGUUGUCGACGGCGUUGAGGUUGAUAGUGUCGCCAUUGUAGUUGUCUCCGCUCCCCCAUUUGUAGACGACGCCGGCAAAGUGUUUGCCGCUGUUGACUCAGUUGAUGACGGCGUUGUAGUUGAUGUUUCUAUUGUUGCCGUAAAUGUAGCCGGCGUUGAAGUUUCUGUUGUCGUUACCCGAACACUUACUGAAUCUAUUUGCUGUAUGUAUACGAUUGGUGACAAGCACUUCUCGUCGAAUCACGUUUCUUCUCGUUUAGGUAUAUUUUUUUUUUAUAUUGCGUUCAUUUUGAAAUCUCUCUUUCUCUUUCCCAUUCGCUCGCUCUUUCCGGCCACUCGGCCAACAAGCUGUCCAGCUUCGUCGCUUCCUCUUCUCCAAGUAGCGGUCUUUCUUUCUUUCUUUCUUUCUUUCUUUCUUUCUUUUCAGUUUCAUCUUCUUUCCUUCUUUCUUUUCCAUCUUUUUUUUCUUUAUUUUCUUUUCCCAUCUUUUUUUCAUUUAUUUUCUGUUCCUUUCUUUUCUUUUUUUAUUUAUUGUUUCUUUCUUUCUUUCUUUCUUUCUUUCUUUCUUUCUUUCUUUCUUUCUUUCUUUCUUUUGUCCCAUUUCUUUCUUUUUGUUUUUGCUUUUGUUCCUUAUCUUUAUAUUAUCUUUCUCUGUUCCUUUCUUUCUUCCUGUUAUAUUAUCUCUUGGUUGUUUUCUUUGUUCGUUACACCUUUCUUUCUCUUUCUUUCUCUUUUUUUCUUUCUUUUCAGUCCCAUGAUUCAUUUAUUAUUUCUUUCUUUCUUUGUUCGUGUUUUUCUUUCUCUCUUUCUUUUUUUUUUAUUUCUUUUCAUUUUCAUCAUUCAUUUAUUCUCUUUCAACUUAAAAUUUAAACUCAUUUUUUAUUCUUACAUCCGGGUAUUUUCUUUUAUCAUAAGAGCGGUCUUUCUUUCUUUCUUUCUUUCUUUCUUUCUUUAUUUCUUUCUUUCUUUCUUUCUUUCCAUUCUUUCUUUCUUUCUUUCUUUCUUUCUUUCUUUCUUUCUUUCUUUCUUUCUUUCUUUCUUUCGUUUCAAGCGGUCUUUCUUUCUUUCUUUCUUUCUUUCUUUCUUUCUUUCUUUUCUGUUCCACAAUUCUUUAUUUUCUUUUCAGUUUAAUUAUUCUUUCUUUCUUUCUUUCUUUCUUUCUUUCUUUCUUUCUUUCUUUCUUUCUUUCUUUCUUUCUUUCCCGUCAGUGACGUCUUUUUUCUCUUCAUCUAUCUUUGUUUGUUUGUUUCUUUCUUUCUUUCUUUUCUGUCUCUUCAUUCAUUUAUUUAUUCUUACUUUCUUUCUUUAUUCUAUUCAUUCAUUUCUUUAUUCUUUUUCUUUUUGCUUUUGUUCCUUCGCUUUAUAUUAUCUUUCUCUGUUCCUUUCUUUCUUUCCCCGUAAAAGAAAACAACGAAGAGAAAAUCACUUCGUUGUUUUCUUUUACGUCUCAGUUUCAUUCAUUUUUCUUUCUUUCAUUUUCUUUCGUUUUGUCUUUCUUUAUUUAUUUCCCUUCAGUUACAUUUUUUUCUUUCUUUCUUUCUUUCUUUCUUUCUUUCUUUCUUUUCUGUUCCACAAUUCUUUUUAUUUUUUGUCUUUGCUUUCUUUCCUUCUCUUUGUAUUACCAUUCUCCCCUUCUCUUCCUUUCUUUAUUCCUCUUACAUUUUCUCUUUACUUAUAG